GGGGAGAGGACCACUGAAGCACACAUCCGAUGUGAUCAACGCAGCAAAGAUGAUCUCGGAGUCAGGCUCCAGGAUGGACAUCCUGGCGCGGCUCAUUGCGGAUCAGUGUCCAGACCAGUCGUGCAAACAGGAUUUAUUGGCUUACCUAGAACAGAUCAAGCUCUACUCCCACCAGCUCAAAAUCUGCAGUCAAGUUAAAGCAGAAAUCCAGAAUCUUGGUGGAGAGCUUAUCAUGUCUGCUUUGGACAGCGUCACUUCGCUAAUUCAGGCCGCUAAAAAUCUAAUGAAUGCUGUGGUGCAGACAGUGAAGAUGUCCUAUAUUGCAUCCACAAAGAUUAUCAAGAUUCAGAGUCCCACUGGCCCACGACAUCCAGUUGUCAUGUGGAGAAUGAAGGCUCCAGAGAAGAAGCCCCUCAUUAAAAGAGAGAAGCCAGAAGAAAUCUAUGCUGCUGUCAGAAAAGGUUCUGCAAAGAAGAGAAUCCAUCCUGUUCAAGUCAUGAGUGAAUUUAGAGGCAGAGAAAUAGUCUAAUAUUUUGCCACUUUGUGUGUUCCUAUCUUGAAUUGCUGAUGAUUUUUCAUCUUUUCCUCCACUUAUUUAAUAAUUAUAUAUGUUAAUGUUUUGCUUUUCUCUAAUUCUGUAAGAUAACACUUGCUUAAAUUAUUUGAAAAUGCUGUUGGAUUAAUUAGAAGCACACAGUUGAAAAAAAAAAGACAAAAAAAAGCCAUUUUUUUGCAGUGACAAACUCUCAUGUUUUUGCACUGGCCUGUUUUCAACAGAGCACUUUUAGUGAUGCACUUUGGGACUGUGCUGUAGCUGGAAAGGAGGAAGCAAUGUGCCAACAUGCCCAGAAUCAUACUGCAUUCAUGAGGCUUUAGGUGUUCCUGUGCCAGGGAUGAGUGUGGCCACUACUAAACAGUAUGUAUUUUAUGACAUACAGCUUUUUAAACAUGGUGCCACAGGGCCAGAUCCUUGCUCGGCAUCAUUACAGCAUGAUCAAGUCAUGAUUUGAUGUGAACUGAGAGUCUGGACCCUAAAUUGGGGUCUACACUGAAACAUCUAAAGACAUCCCCUUGGCUAAGGCCCAGCCUUGGAAAUGUAAGUCUGAAAAUGUUUGAUGAAACACACAAAGUAUUAUAACAAUGUGGAUGUACUAAUGUGAUAAAAAAAGCACUGACUGCAACACAGUAAUAAUGACAGCUCUUUAAAAGGCCUUAGGAAGCAUUAACAUGGAUCUGUGUUCUGCUCCCUGUGAGCCCUAAGAAAUCUGCUGGCUGUUGUAUUCGAUAGUUCAGAUAAAUCAGACAUUAACAACAAAACUCUUCUAAUUGCUGCAUAAAAGAACAAACAUGAAAUGAGAUCAGUGUGUGAAAUACACAUCUUGAAUCUUACGAAUGGUGAGAUUUUUGCAAGGUAAUUGUAGGGAUUUAAGCUACUUUUCUUAUGACAGUAGAGUCCUAAAUGCAGGACUGUGCUGGUAAGUGACCUGCUGAAUGGCUGCACUCUUGUCUCAAACUACAUAAUGAAGGUAAAAGCUGUUAGUCCAGACCUCUGCAACUUAAGAGAAAUAUAAUGUUUCUAAAUCCAUUUGAAUCUGAAAUCCACUUGGACAAUUUUUUUUUUGAAGAAUCUAACUUGCCUUCCCUACCAUGUCAUGAAGUUCUCCCAGGCUACCCUUGUUACUCAGAAUGUCUUUGCUUGGCAAUUCAGUAAAUCCCUUGCUAUGUUUUUUUUUGCAUUUGCUAAGGUGAAAGGGCUCCCUCAAAGGCCAGAACUUCAUGAUGUGUCACUCACUGCCUUUGUGAGGCAGCUCCAGACUAUGGGCUGCUGCUCCAUGUCAUUUAUUACCAUGCUUUGCACAUCAGUGCCCUGACCUGGCACAGUGUGGGCAGCAAAAAUAACCAUAAAUGGUGCCUUUCCUCUUGGGGGCUGCUCUGUUUCUAAGCUCAGGAUGGUGGGGCAGUACAAUUUCUAGGCUGUUAAUUAAGGAACUCCAUGAAACCUAUAGUGCUCAUGAAUUAAAAAUUUUCUAGAUGAUGAUUCCAUCUUCCCAAACUUUACUGUCUGUUAAAUGAAACCAAAGGAGAAGUUUGAAAGAAAAUCACCUCUUUUCAACUAAAGUUCCCUCCAGUGUGUUUGCAUGAAGAUCUUAGUAAUAUGUACUGGGCUUUGCUAAUACUCUUAGGGUGACAGAGCCAGCAGAUGUUACUGUCUUUAAACCCUCAUGUCUGUCAGGAUACAGGUCACCUGGAUACCAAACAUUUGUAACUAAUGCCUUGUUAUUGUAUUAUUAAUAAAAAAGCACAUGCACCACUGAUAAAA